ACCGGAGGAAUACAGUAUUACUACAGGACUGCAGGCUGCCGCUCUCCUCUGAACGUGGACAAUCAUGCAUGUGCUCUUCUGGGGCUUGGGGUUCCUGCUAUUCCCUGAUUUCUUGAAUGUAGUCGCAUCUACAGGGAGAUUGCCUUUGAAUUCAAGUACAGUAAAAGAGGAGGUCGGCGCUUAUGAGAUAGUAACACCGGUGCGAGUGAAUGAAGCCGGUGACAAAUUUCCCACCAGUGUCCACUUCAAGAGGAAAAGACGGAGUUUGGACGAGAGCACCGGGAAUACUACGGAUCACUGGGCCUCGCCAAAUAUCCACUACAGGAUAUCUGCUUUCGGACAGAACUAUCACCUCAACCUCACGCUGGACUCGGGAUUUAUCGCACCUUUCUACACUGUGACAAUACUUGGAGUACCCCGAGGAGAUAACAUAACGGAUUUUGCAGCAGAUGGGGAGGUGGAGGAGGAGGAGGACACGGAGUUAAGGCACUGCUUCUAUAAAGGACAUGUAAAUGCACAAGCAGAACACGCCGCGGUCAUCAGUUUGUGCUCCGGACUGCUUGGCACUUUCAGGUCUCCAGAAGGGGAGUAUUUUGUGGAGCCCCUACACAGCUAUCAAGGAGAACAUUAUGAAGAGGAACACACAAAACCUCAUAUUGUUUACAGGAAGAGUGCACCCAAGAAACAGACAUCUGGGGAGAACUCAGCUUGUGACACUUCAGGACACAAACACAGACAUAAGAGGCACAAGCUGAAGAGAAGGACAGCGGCUGGGGUGACCACUGUGUCCAAUGCAGCCCCGGUGGUCAGCGCUGGUAUAUUCAGUGACGUGGAGUCAUUGAGUUCUCGCUUGGCCAGCAAUGCUUUACUCAGAUCAGAGAGCGGCAGUGCUAGCGCUAGACCAUCAAAUGAUAGCAGUGGUGACUCAGGACCUCACAGGAGAUCAAAACGCUUCCUCUCCUACCCGCGCUUUGUUGAAGUCAUGCUGGUGGCCGACAGCAAAAUGGUGGAGCAUCAUGGCAGCAACCUACAGCACUACAUACUCACAUUAAUGUCUAUAGUCUCUUCCAUCUACAAGGACCCCAGCAUUGGCAACCUGAUUAACAUUGUGAUUGUAAAGUUAGUCAUAAUAAACAACGAGCUGGAUGGUCCGGUCAUUUCAUUUAACGCACAGACCACUUUAAAGAACUUCUGCAUUUGGCAGCAGAGCCAGAACAUCCUGGACGAUAAUCACCAUUCCCAUCACGACACGGCCAUCCUCAUCACCAGGCAGGACAUCUGCAGAGCAAGGGAUAAGUGUGAUACGUUAGGACUUGCAGAGCUGGGCACAGUGUGUGAUCCUUACAGGAGCUGCAGCAUCAGCGAGGACAAUGGACUCAGCACUGCGUUCACUAUUGCCCAUGAACUUGGCCACGUGUUUAACAUGCCUCAUGAUGACAGUACCAAGUGUAAGGAGGAUGGAGUUAAGAUUCAGCAACACGUGAUGGCUCCCACGCUGAACUACAACACAAACCCUUGGAUGUGGUCCAAGUGUAGCAGGAAGUACAUCACAGAGUUCCUCGACACAGGAUAUGGUGAAUGCUUGCUCGACGAGCCUGUUUCUAGGCCGUACAGUCUCUCGCAGCAGCUGCCUGGACGGAUAUACAAUGUCAAUAAACAGUGUGAAUUGAUAUUUGGGCCGGGAACGCAGGUGUGCCCUUAUAUGACUCAGUGUCGGAGACUGUGGUGCACCAGUCCAGAGGGUGCCCAGCAGGGAUGCAGAACCCAGCAUAUGCCAUGGGCAGACGGCACCGACUGCUCCCCUGGAAAGCACUGCAAACAUGGCCUCUGUAUAGCCAAAGAGCAUGAUGCCACACCUGUGGAGGGGGCAUGGGGAGUUUGGAGCCCUUUUGGUACCUGUUCGCGGACAUGCGGCGGGGGCAUCAAGAUAGCUGUGCGAGAAUGCAACCGACCCGUGCCCAGGAAUGGAGGAAAGUAUUGUGUUGGUCGCCGGAUGAAGUUUCGUUCCUGUAACUCUGAGCCCUGCUCCAAGCAGAAGAAGGACUUCAGGGAGGAGCAAUGUGCUGCUUUUGAUGGCAGGCACUUCAACAUCAACGGUCUACCUCCUAAUGUUCGCUGGGUGCCCAAAUACAGCGGAAUCUUAAUGAAGGACAGGUGUAAGCUGUUCUGCAGGGUGGCGGGCAGCACGGCCUACUAUCAGCUCAGGGACCGGGUCAUUGAUGGCACGCCGUGUGGACCUGAUACCAACGACAUCUGUGUCCAGGGCCUGUGCAGGCAAGCGGGCUGUGACCAUGUAUUGAACUCUAAAGCCAGGAGGGACAAAUGUGGCGUGUGCGGAGGUGACAACUCUUCUUGCAAAACUGUGGCAGGCACCUUCAACAUUGUCCGCUAUGGCUAUAAUGAAGUAGUGCGAAUACCUAGUGGUGCUACAAACAUAGAUGUGCGUCAACACAGCAACUCAGGGAAACCAGAGGAUGACAACUACCUCGCCAUAUCAAAUAGCCGUGGAGAGUUCCUGCUUAAUGGAGAGUUUGUGGUCAGCAUGUUCAAAAGGGAAAUCAAAGUAGGAAAUGCCGUCAUUGAGUACAGUGGCUCUGACCAUGUUAUUGAGAGGAUCAACUGUACCGACCGUAUCGAAGAGGAGAUCAUUGUCCAGGUGCUGUCGGUUGGGAACCUUUACAACCCAAAUGUCAGGUAUUCUUUUAACAUCCCUAUAGAGGACAAACCUCAGCAGUUCUUCUGGGAUGCCUAUGGGCCCUGGCAGGAGUGCAGCCGCCUGUGCCAAGGAGAGCGAAAGAGGAAGAUUCUCUGUAGCAGAGAGUCGGACAGGGUGGUGGUGUCAGACCAGAGGUGUCACGGUACAGCCAGACCUGCCGUCAUCACUGAACCCUGCAACACUGAAUGUGAACUCAGGUGGCACGUGGCCCGUAAGAGUGAGUGCACAGCUCAGUGUGGUCUGGGAUAUCGUACCCUGGAAAUAUACUGUGCCAAAAUCAGCCAUGCAGACGGCAAGACCCAGAAGGUUGAUGACCGCUACUGCAGUGGUCAGCGCAAACCUGAUGACAAGGAAGGUUGCCAUGGAGACUGUAACCCGGGUGGCUGGGAGUACUCGCCUUGGUCAGAGUGCUCCAAGAGCUGUGGUGGGGGCACUCGCCGUAGAGGGGCAGUGUGUCGAAAGGCAGCUGAGGCUGGUGGUGAUGAGAGCAAAUGCAGUCAAAGGGACAAGCUGACCGUCCAGCCCUGCAAUGAAUUCCUCUGUCCACAAUGGAAGACUGGUGACUGGUCUGAGUGCCUCGUGACAUGCGGGAAAGGCUACAAGCAUCGUCAGACGUGGUGUCAGUUUGGUGAGGACCGUCUAGACGAUCGCUUUUGUGGCUCGUCUAAACCCGAGUCAGUGCAGACGUGCCAGCAGCAGGAGUGUGCCUCUUGGCAGGUCGGACCCUGGGGACAGUGCACUACCUCGUGUGGGCCAGGCUACCAGAUGCGAGCGGUGAAGUGUGUGGUUGGCUCUUAUGGUGCUGUCAUGGAUGACACUGAAUGUAACGCUGCCACCCGACCCACCGACACCCAGGACUGUGAACUGGCUCAGUGUCCCAGCAGCCACCCUGUUCCCCCGGGGACCAAAGUCCCCUCCCACCAAGGCCACAAAACCCAGUGGCGGUUUGGUUCUUGGACCCAGUGUACUGCCAGCUGCGGCAAAGGGACACGGAUGCGCUAUGUGAGUUGCCGUGACAACCAGGGCGGUGUGGCAGAGGAGUCAGCAUGCGCCCACCUACCAAAACCCCCUGCGAGAGAAGUGUGCUCAGCAGUGGCCUGCGGACAGUGGAAAGUGCUGGAGUGGACAGUGUGCUCAGUAACCUGUGGUCAGGGGAAGACGACACGGCAGGUACUGUGCGUCAUCAACGACCAAGAAGUGAACGCUAGUGAAUGUGACCCAGAUGAUCGUCCUACCACAGAGCAGGACUGUGCUAUGUCUCAAUGCCCGUCCCGCUCCAGUGACUCCCGACCUUUGCCGUCCUUACCAAACUCCAGCGCCAGGAACAACCUGCCCCGUAGCCUGUCCCACCAGUGGCGGACUGGACCGUGGGGCGCGUGCUCCAGCACAUGUGCAGGAGGUUUCCAGCGGCGUGUAGUAGUGUGCCAGGAUGAGAACGGCUACCCUGCCAACAGCUGUGAGGAUCGCAGCCGCCCCAAUGAGCAACGAUCCUGUGAGUCAGGGCCAUGUCCACAGUGGAUCUAUGGCAACUGGGGAGAGUGCACCAAGCCAUGUGGAGGUGGGAUAAAGACGAGGCUGGUGGUGUGUCAGCGUCCAAAUGGCGAGCGUUUCAAUGAUCUGAGCUGCGAGAUCCAUGACAAGCCACCAGAUCGUGAGCAGUGCAAUACUCAGCCAUGCCCAUCUAGCCCCCACUGGAGCACAGACCCAUGGAGCUCGUGCUCAGCAUCCUGUGGAAAAGGAUUCAAGUCCCGUAAGGUGAGCUGCGUGACCGGGUCCGGCCGCCCAGUACCAGAGGAAAACUGCCAGCACCUGUCCCCCAAACCCAACAAGCAGAGGCACUGCCGAGGAGGACGAUGCCCCAAGUGGAAGACUGGCAACUGGGGAGAGUGCUCAGCAUCAUGUGGCGACGGCGUCCAGCAACGGGAGGUGUUCUGUCGGAGCCCACUGGAGACCGGCUGCUCCCAGCGCUCCAGACCGGCUUCCAGCCAAAGCUGCCGCGUCGCUGACUGUCCCUCUCGGUACCGGUGGAAAGAAGGAGACUGGCAGGCGUGCAGUAAGUCAUGUGGAUCGGGCCAUAGAAGACGAGCCUUACAGUGUGUGGACCACAACCAGCACGAGGUCCACGAGAUGUACUGUGUGAACCAGAUCAGACCGCCAGACACAGAGAGGUGCAAUACCCACGUCUGUGAAUUCAUCUGGAUCACAGGGGAAUGGACUGAGUGCUCAGCCAGCUGUGGCCAGGGCUACCGCCAGCGUCUGAUCUCUUGCAGCGAGGUGCAUGUGGAGAAUGACAACUAUGAGUACGGCCAUCAGUCUUUGUCCAACUGCCCCGGGACCCCUCCUGAGAGCUACAUACCUUGUAAUCUGGACCCGUGCCCGCCACCACAGGAGUGGAGGGUUGGUAUCUGGGGACCGUGUUCAGCGAACUGUGGUGACGGAGUAAUGGAGAGGACGGUGCAGUGUGUGUCAGCAGAUGGCCAGGAAAGCCAUAGGUGUCCCCUAGACGCCAAGCCAGAAGCCAGAACAGUCUGCAGAAAUCCAAGCUGCCGUUUGCCUUCCAGCUGUCAGGAAAUCCAGAGCAAGAACGGCCCCCUCCCAGACAGUGAACACUUUCUCAGUAUUCAAGGAAAAGCACUCAAGGUCUACUGUGCAGGAAUGCAGACAGAGACUCCACAGGAGUACAUCACCUUGAUGAUGGGAGAAGGGGAGAAUUUUUCUGAGAUCUUUGGAUUCAGGCUAAAUGACCCCACCCAGUGCCCAGCCAAUGGCUCCAGAAGAGAGGACUGUGACUGUCGGAGAGACUACACCUCUGCUGGCAUCACCACCUUUUCCAAAGUUCGUCUGGACAUCAGCAAGAUGAGCAUCGUCACUACAGACUGGCAGUUUGCUUUCACCCGUGAAGGCAAAAGUGUUCCAUUUGCCACAGCUGGAGACUGCUACAGCGCCGCCCAUUGUCCACAGGGUCGGUUCAGGAUCAACCUCUCAGGAACAGGUUUUAAGGUGGCUGAGGACACCUCCUGGAUCUCCCAGGGCAACUAUGCGGUGGCUCUUGUACAAAAAUCACAGGAUGGUAGCAGAGUGUCAGGAAUAUGCGGAGGCUACUGUGGUAAAUGUACACCCUCCUCUGGAUCCAGUCUGCCUGUAACAGUGGAGUAGACCAAACGUCAUCAAACAGUCCUCUUCAGGUGCUUGUCGCAUCAGCACAUCCCUCCUCUUUGGUGCUACAGCCAACAACUCAGACCCAUCCUUCACACGACCUCUUUUACUCCUAUGUGUGUAUAAUGUAAAUGAAUCUGGUGUAAGUACUGUACAUAGCAGGAUAAAAAUGUCUUAUUUAUUAUACUCUCCAUUUAUUUUUGUAUUGUAAUGUAAUUUAAUUGUUUUGUUGUCCACAGCGAACACCGCACACUUACCAUUUAUUAGAUUUUUUUUUUUUGCCAGAAUGUGCCUUCCAUUUUGGAUAUUUGCCAUUUGGACUUUGUAGUGUUGUCGUUAAUCC